AUGCCUCGCGACGGAUCUGGAGCCUCUGACAACGCCGUUGAGGCCGGCCACAACAUCGUCCACGGCGCUGGCGAGGUCAAGGAUUCCCACGUUGACCGCGCCGACAAGACGGCGCCCCUGCCCGAGGGCGAGAAGGGUCUCGCCAUCGACGGCCUGAACGCCAGCGGUGGGCAGAGCCAAGGCCUCGCCCAGGGUCCCAACGUUGGCCAGGGCGGCAGAAGCAACUGA